GUCUAUAAACUGCACCCCACGCAAUUAAAGAUUUUAUUAGUUACCAUUAUAGACUUUUGCAUAAUUUCAACCAUGGCCAAGCUCACCGUUACAGUCACCGUUCUCUUAUUCACGUUGACUCUCUCCGUCGUUUCUUCCAAGCCCGAAAAUGAAAUCAUCGCCGAUAGCCAUAACACUUUAUCUGCGGAAUCCGACCCGUUUACUACAAACCCAACCCUUCACGAAUCCGGUUCAUCUGGACCGGAAUUAACAUCUUCCGAUGAGAUCACUGUACCGGUCAAUUUCAUGAAUUUCCAUCCAAUCAAUCGUCAUUUCCCUAGACGUCCCUUGACUUUCAGCCGCCGUCCGUGCCACGGCGAGCUGUUUGGACGAGGCCUCCAGAUCCCUUUCGGCAACGACAUGAUCUUCUCCGGUGAAGAAGAAAAGACGACGAAAGGUCCAGAUCCUUCCUUAGACAGCAUAGUCGUGGAUGUUCCGGCGAUCAAGAUGUUUGUCGGUCCCAUCACGGUGGAGGAGACAAAACACCAUGUCGAAGCGGAGGAUGAUGGCUCCAGCAUGAAGAUUACCGUGACUUUGAUGAAGCGCAAAGAAGAAGGAGAGAGUAUGUUCAGGACAAAGAUUCGCAAGUUUCUAAACCAUUUGGUCUGAACAACGAAGAAGACUCUAAUUUGUCUUUUAAAUCUAGUAAAGAAGAUAACAAUAAAGUAAAGCCCUCUUAUGUAUGUAUAUGCUCUUUCUGGUAAACAAAUAGCUUCCAUAAUGAUAUGAAGCUGAUUUUGUCUAUAUAACAUGUGAUUCUGUAAGAGUUUAAUCCUAUUAGUUUAAAUUAAAUUAAGUUCAUAAAUUA